UUGGUCCAGGACAGGCAGUAGGCGUCAGGGGGCGCCCUAAGGCUCCACGGCAUGUGCCUGUACUGCUGGGACAUCGAGCCUUCCCAAGUCAGUCCUGAAGGACCAAGACAACAUCAUCCUUCAGAAGUCACUGAGCGGCAGCUUGCAAAUAAACGUAUUCAGAAUAUGCAAAACCUAAAGAAAGAGAAGAGGAGAUUGAAUAAAAGGUUUGCAAGGCCUUCUCCUAUUCCAGAACCAGGACUCCUAUGCCAGAUGUUUUUUAAAGAAAUGGCUACAAAACUGUUCUAUACCAUUCAUCCCACCAACUCGUUUGAGGUUUCAGAGACAACUGAAAUGUUUCACAAACAAUGGUCAUCUUGAUAAAGCAGGAGUCUAUUUGAAGGAAACCAUGCUCCAGAUCAAAAUGUGUGGAUUGUGAACAUCAAGUGACAUAUCAUGAAUUGAUCAUCUGAAAAAUAAAUGCAAUACUCCACCAUUUCAGGAAAAUAAACGCAGUACAAGUAUUUAAUAUCCAAGCUACAUGCUCUAGAAUUUUAUUAAAUACCAUAUCUCACUAACAUGUCUUUUUUCCCCCUGUGGUAAACUUGAAAUUUGCUGCUUUUCAACAAAUAAUAAUGAAUAUGUAUAGGUAGGCUUUUGAAAAAUAUUGUUAUCAUGUUUAAAUUUUUGCAAAUGUUUUAUGACAUAUUUAGAUGUUUAGAAGUGUGUUUUAAUAAUAGAACACCACAUUUCCUCUGACAUAUAUUUAUAAUGGCUUACGCUUAAACAAAAUGUUUAAAUACUUUAAACAGUCCUAGGAGACUGUUAUUACAACUAACUCCUAUAUUAUGUGUUGCUAUUGCAGAUAAGCCAUAGUGUAAUUAAAAUUUCCAUUUAAGGUAAAAUUUGAAUAUUGAAUUAAAAUUUUACUUUUAUGUAUGAAAUAAAUGAUAAUUAUCUCUG